GCACCGAUACCUAAACUGAUGGAGACGCAGAGAGACACCAGCGUGAAGUGGGUCAUAGCGUUGGCAUCCAUUCGCAGUGGUGCCUGUUUAUCUGCAAGGGCUUUACACAGAGGAACAGCAGAUCCCCCCUCAACAAAAACAAACAAAAAACAAAGAAACACACGGAUGUGGCAUGAAUUAAUUUUGGGGGAGUUCCGCCACACUGCUGGGUAAAGCUGAUGAAAUGGCCAAAUGGUCAACUCUGGCGGGGUUUUAAGACACCGCUCCGUGCGCUAUCGUUCACUCUCGCUCAUUCCACACCCGUCCUAAGCUCUCGCUUAUUAACAUCCACUCUCCGACAGCCCAUCGAACGCGUGAGGAAUCGGCUUAUCGUUUUGCCUCUGCGCUGCGCCUGGUGAGAGGAGAGGAGAGGAUGUGCGCGCAGAGGCUGUGGUUGCGAGAGGUUUUGAUGGUUUGUGAAUCCACUCCGCAGACCGCGCAGGAAGGCAGUGACUGAGGAGCUUCUGGAGCUUGUUUUUAUUAUUAUUGUUAUUAUUAUUAUUAUUGUUAUUUUUUUUUCUUGGAGAGAUAAGUGACACUUCAUCACCAUGGCGCGCUUCUCGUGAACGUUUAAUCAUCAUGGAGACAUUGACUAAUCGGGCACAUUCUGAUGGCAUUUUGACAUCGCUUUAACUAGGAAAUAAAAUGAUGUUCAAAGUGCAUGGAGGGACCUCUUGGGAUUAGCAACUCCCCCCCUAAAUGGCAGAGCUUGAAGUUUGCAGAAAUCUCAGUUUGGAGAGGGUGGAGCGAUGCAUGAGUGUCAUGCAGUCCGGGACGCAGAUGGUAAAGCUGAAGGCAGGGUCCAAGGGGCUGGUGAGGCUCUUCUACCUGGAUGAGCAUCGCUCCUGCAUUCGCUGGAAGCCCUCACGCAAGAGUGAGAAGGCCAAGAUCACCAUUGAUUCGCUGUACAAGGUGACAGAAGGUGGCCAGUCAGACAUCUUCCACCGGCUUGCAGAUGGCAGCUUCGACCCGGCCUGCUGUUUCACGGUGUAUCACGGCAACCACAUGGAGUCCCUCGACCUGGUCACGACUAAUGCAGAGGAAGCAAGAACCUGGAUCACCGGCCUCCGCUACCUGAUGGCCGGGAUCAGCGACGAGGACUCCCUGGCCAAGCGGCAGCGCACGCACGACCAGUGGAUGAAGCAAACGUUUGAGGAGGCCGACAAGAACGGAGACGGUUUCCUGAACAUCGAUGAAAUCUACCAACUUCUUCACAAGCUGAAUGUCAAUCUGCCUCGGAGGAAGGUCAAGCAGAUGUUUCAGGAAGCAGACACGGACGACCAGCAGGGCACGCUCACAUACGAGGAGUUCUCCGUCUUCUACAAGAUGAUGUCUCUGAGGCGGGACCUGUUCCUGCUGAUGAUGGCGUACAGCGACAGGAAGGACCACCUGACCAUGGAGGAGCUGGCCAACUUCCUCCGCCACGAGCAGAAGAUGACCAACGUCACUUCAGAGUACGUUGCAGAAAUCAUCGACAAGUUCGAGGUAUCCGACGAGAAUAAGCAAAGAAGAGUCAUGGGAAUUGAAGGUUUCACAAGCUUCAUGCGCAGCCCGGCGUGUGACAUUUUCAACGCUUUGCACCACGAGGUGAAUCAAGACAUGGAGCAGCCUCUGUGCAACUACUUCAUCGCCUCCUCUCAUAACACCUACCUGACCGGAGACCAGCUCCUGUCCCACUCCAAGACCGACAUGUACGCGUGGGUGCUGCAGUCUGGCUGCCGCUGCGUGGAAGUGGACUGUUGGGAUGGUCCCGACGGAGAGCCGGUGGUCCAACACGGCUACACUCUAACCUCCAAGAUACCGUUCAAGUCUGUUAUAGAAACCAUCAAUAAAUAUGCCUUCAUAAAUAACCAGUACCCAGUGAUUCUCUCCAUAGAGAACCACUGCACCAUCCUGCAACAGAAGAAGAUCGCGCAGUACCUGCGAGAAAUCUUCGGGGAUAAGCUGGACAUCGGGGACGUGCUGACCGGAGAUGCCAAAACGUUACCCAGCCCUCAAAGCCUGCAAGGCAAGAUACUCAUCAAAGGGAAGCGUCUGCCCGCCUAUCUGUCUGCGGACGCCGAGGAAGGAGAGGUGUCGGAUGAUGACAGCGCUGAUGAAAUUGAGGACGACUUCAAGCUCAAGAGCAGCAAUGGAAACGGCCACCACCAGGUGGAGUCUCACAUCAGAAAGAAGCUGGACUCUCUCCUGAAGGAGUCCCGGAUCGGAGACAAGGAAGACACCGACAGCUUCAGCAUCAGAGCCCUGCUCCGAGCCACUCACCAGGGCCUGCAGAAGAACCUGCGGCAGAGCUCUAAAGGGGUUCUGAAGAAAUCCCAAAGCAGAUCCUUCAUCACGACACUCAAACAGAAGAGGCACUCCAAGUCCAGGCUGUCGUGCCAAAGCGUGGACAAGGAGGAGGACACCCAGGAGAGGUCUGGGAGGGAAGCCGGAGGCCAGUUCAACAGGGGUGGAAGGAAGAGGAAGACGAUGAAACUGAGCAGGGAUUUGUCCAACCUGGUGGUUUUCACCAACUCGGUCGCCUCACAGGAGUGUCUAAAUGAAGGCACUCCAGGUGAUGUUCUGUCAUUCAGCGAGACCAGAGCACAAUCGCUGGUCCAUCACAGAACCGAGCAGUUCCUAGCUUUUAACCAGAGACAGCUGUCGCGGAUUUAUCCCUCAGCCUAUCGCAUCGACUCCUCUAAUUUCAACCCGCAGUUCUACUGGAACGUGGGUUGUCAGUUGGUGGCCCUCAACUACCAGACAGAGGGGAGGAUGAUGCAGCUCAACAGAGCCAAGUUCAUGGUGAACGGAGGCAUCGGUUACGUCCUCAAACCUCCUCCGAUGUGCAAAGGCUCGUUCAACCCAUUCAGCGACGACCCACUUCCGGCUUACCCCAAGAAGCAGCUCAUUCUUAAGAUCAUUAGUGGGCAGCAGUUGCCCAAACCACCAGACUCCAUGCUGGGAGACCGUGGAGAGAUCAUCGAUCCAUUCGUCGAAGUGGAGAUCAUCGGCUUACCAGUCGACUGCUGCAAGGAACAGACAAGAGUUGUUGAUGAUAACGGUUUCAACCCAGUGUGGGAGGAGACUCUGUCAUUUACACUUCACAUGGCUGAGGUGGCACUUGUGCGUUUCCUUGUCUGGGACCACGACCCGAUUGGACGGGACUUUAUUGGCCAGCGAACUGUUGCCUUUAGCAGCCUGAUGCCUGGUUACAGACAUGUUUACUUGGAGGGGCUGACGGAAGCUUCCAUCUUUGUGCAUGUGUCAGUGCAUGACGUCUAUGGGAAGUGGAGCCCUCUAGUCCUGAACCCCAGCUUUACCAUAAUGCACUUUCUAGGAUCUAACAAGGGUCACCAGUUGCGAGGCAUAAGGGGGUUUUUCAACCGCUCUUCCAAGUCCUCUGUGGACACAAACUCCAGUGGUCUUAGGAAGCGCUCCAUCAGUGACCACCUCCUGCGUCGGACCGCCAGUGCCCCGGCAAAGGGGCGGAAGAAGACCAAGAUGGCUCUGUCGGAGUCAGUGGCGUCGAUAUCAGACCAAAACAACUGCACAGGUGCAGGAGCAGGAGGAGCAGGUGUGUCAGUAAAGGACGAACGUGUGGAGAAACGUCUCCAGCCCAGAGCCCCACUUGUCCAUAGACCUAUCUCUAUGCCUUUAGACAGGCUCCUGCAAGGGCAGCUGUCCAUCUGCUCACCCGACAAAGAACAGCAUGACAUGGGGGCAGACACUGUCAUUGGAGCUUGCCCCUUCAACAGACCAAGAUCUUCCUCUGCUGACUUUCUCACCGAAUCAUCAUUCUCCAUUGAAUCAGGCAUCACUUCCCCUUCGAGGACAUACAGAAAUAAUGACCAAUCAGGGGACGCUUCUUACUUGGUUAUUGGAAGAGGAGAAGUAAGAAAAGAAGAGGACUAUGCUAAUUACCCGACAGAUGCCAGCAAAUCGAAUAUCAUCUCCAGGGAAACAGAGAAAAAGUGUUUUUUCUUGCCCCCAGUGAAAAGCCAGAUGACAUUAGAUACACCAGAAACAGCAUCCAACUGCACAACAUUCACAGUUGCACCUUCAAUCUCCUCGUCCUCUUCCUCUGCUCCUUCCUCUGUGACCCCUCUUUCCCCCGUUAGUUUAGACUGUGAUCUGAGGAGUCCCACCUCUUUGCAUGACAGCACCAUCUCCAGACUCAUUGACGCUGUGUCCUUAGGCAAUGACCAAGACACGUGUGGCUCCAUUUCUGCUCUGAUCGGUCAGUUUGAAAGCACCGCUGACCAAAACAAUUUCACAACUUUAUCACAUAAUAUCACCCCAUCCCAUCACCAAAGAGACGUAACUCCUGCCACCCCUAAAUCCCUGGAAGGGCUAAGGUCUCCUCUCAAGACAAACACAGCAUCUCCUUAUAAGAACUGUGUUAGUCUCAAAAAGGUAGCUCAAAAAACUGAUCAUGAAAUCUGUUCACCCCAUAAAAUUUCCCAGGCCCUCAUUACGAGCCCAGAAACUGCUGAGUUAGAGGAUGUCUACACUAUUCUGGACGAGGAAGUGCUGUUACCUGUAUCAGUGUACAACCUGAAGAAACAGACAGUCCAUGUUCAGGCAGACACUAAAGAGAGCACACCCUCAACCAGCUUGGGGUCCUCUCCAGUAAAGGUGGUUCAGGGUUUAGGGAAAGGGCACAAUGUGGGCUGGGAAGAUGUGGGGAGAAAGUGGGGCGAAAGUGAAGAAAUUGAGGAGAGGAUAUAUGAAGAAGUAAAUGAUUUCCCUGCACCAGUACCUGUAAUAGAGCCAGGUACUUCUGGUAGGUACGUAUGCUCUCCUAUAAACAACCCGGUUCUCUAUGAUCCGGCUGAAGUGGAGCUGAAUGUCGAUGAGGAUCCAUUGGAGAUGAUGCUGGCAUCGCCAAGACAUGGCAGCCAAUGGGACGGGCUUACGAGUCCAACCAAACGUCAUGCUAUUUACCAAAACCAGUCCACUCCGAGCUACUCCCAACAAAAACCGCCAUAUCAGUCAUUCCGUGAUCCUCAACAACAGUACCCGUCACACUCACCUCACGUCACAUUUUCACAGUGUCACUCCCCAAUAAAUCAACCUUCUUAUCAGUUGUCCAAUCGCCAUCAACACCAGAGCCACCAGUCUCCAGUCUACAAUACACGUGCCAACUCUCGAUCCUCCAACCCUAGUCCUUUGCGUCAGAACAGCUACCCCAUACCUCACAGCAACUCUGAGGCCUAUAACAAUAGCAGAGGAUUCAACAGUUCCUACACACAACAGAGGACCUAUAGUGGAAGUCAGAUCCUAAACAGGUCUCAUCAAGAGAGGCUAGGGCAUAAACAGUUGGAGAGGGAAGAAGUAGGGUGUUUCCAAAAUGGCUUCUCCUCUUCCGAAAGCCUCCCUGGUCAAUCUGCUGCAUCUGUAAACGUCUGUAGAGACAGAGGCCUAUAUUCCCCCUUUUCAGACUGUGAAGUGGUGUACAGCCACCUGGACUAUGACAACAUUAUGCCCUCAUCACCGUCUUCCACUUCUCAAAUCACCCAGCCACACAGCCAAAGGCAAACACAAUCAUACACCUGUAGACAGACAUGGAACCAAAAGGUUUCCCUCAACAACUCUAGCCACCAGCCACAGUCAGAAGCCGGUGUUUCACCACACACAAAUCUAGCACCUUUAUCAACAUAUUCCCAAUCUCCUAACACAGACUCCACAGCUCCCAGCCCAUGCAAGUCCAAGUCCCUGGGAGAUUUGACCUCUGAAGAUAUAUCAUGCAACUUUCAGAGCAAGUACCACAUUAUUAGUCGCAGUUUCAUCACUCCACACAUGAGGAAGCAAAAGAAGAUGGCCAGCAUGGGGGGAACAGUUUUCCAGUCACAAUCUUGUGAUCCACUCACAGAACAGCUUCGUAAGCUGGUCAGUCUUGAGGGGGAUGACAGUGACAAAUGUAGACCCCAGACUCUUCCAUUGCAUCAAGAAGCAAACUCCCCAAUGCCACUGCCACAGCCACAGACAACAAGUACUGCUCCCGUUGUUUCCAGGGACGUAGAAGAUUCCCCUCCACCCCUCACCCGCCGCCUAUCCUCUCGGAGCCAAAGCCGAGUGCGCCACAUCAACAGCCGCGCACGUGAAAGACAGCAAGAAGCUUUAAAACCUCGGCCAGGGGUGAUGAUCAACAGUUCUGCCAGCAUCGGUGGUGUGGUCCUGCGGAAUAAACCAGCCUCACAGAAUCCCCCAACUAACAGACACUCUACUGGUUCUUACAUAGCAGGCUAUCUCGGUCAGCUGGAGGACAGGGGGCUUCCAGAAGGGGCUUGCACAUCAUUACGUUACGGAAAUGGGGACCAUUAUGGAGAUCGGUACUAUACCGACGACUCUCUCCCACCUGCAAACAACGCCCACUCACCGUCCGAGCCCGAGGUCUACUUCCUGCUCAGACUGUAGCUCUCAGAAUGACAUGGAAUUAAGAGGAAUCAAGGAAAUAAUAAAUACUUGCCAUUGUCUGUUCCUGCAUUUGUUGACCAAGCGGUUUUCCUUAUAACAGUUACAUUACAAAUAUUAUUCCAGGCUAUUUCUAGAAAAAGAUAUAGUCUGUACAAUAUAACAUCACAUAUAAUCCAUGGAUGGAUCUGACAGCAUGAUUUUUCUGUAUGAAAUGUCCACUAUUCAAAAGUGAAUGGUCUAGUCAGCUGUGUAUUGUCUACAGUAUAUUCUGCUUAAUGUGUCAAUGUACUUGGGAACAUCGAGUCCUUCCAGAUGGUUUCCUAGACUGAUUGUACAGAUGCUUGUUGCCCUGUGUCCCUGUGAUGUACUGUCCAAACUAUGUACACUGACUGUGAAGCAAAAAAAUAUAUAAAAAAAAUAAAUACAAUAAAAAUAGAACAGGCUUUUAAACAGAGAGGGAUUGUCUAUAAUAUUUGUAUCAUUUGAAUGUGUAGUAUAAUGAAAGAGCUACUUUUAAUAGAUGGGAUUCAUCUUUUCAAAUAUCAAAUGUAAGUCUUCCUUCUCUUUUCUGUGGUAUUUCUUUAUUUGUGUCGUGUGUAAAUAUUGACAUGGUUUGUCAUCCAAGUCAGUCUGAGCAAAUCAGUUCUAACUGUAUGUUUGUGCAUGUUACAUGUGAACAUGUCAAGCAUGACUAUGCACCAGUUUGUACGGUAGAUGUUGCAUCGCCCAACCACAUUUGCACAGAACAAAGUGUCGUAUUGGAUACAACAAGGGACAUCGGCUUGUUUCCAUCGGGUGCAAUACAGUACAUAAUCUCCUGUGCUUGAACUUGUUGCUCUCUAUAACUUGUAUAAUCUGAAAGUGUGAUUGCAAAUUUAAAAAAAAAAAGAAAAAAGAUUUGGGGUUUAAAGGUUUUUAUUUUUAUAAUUGCUUUGAUACAGACUGCAAAAAUAAUCUCUUGUUGGUUCUGGUUAUUUUAUUUUGUAUAACUUAACGGACUGAAGAAGCAGAGUAACACAUACACAGGGCCUAGCCAAGGAGGGAAGGGUGACAGAGCAGCUGUUUAUUGUUUUUUUUUUAUUAUUAUUAUUAUUUUUUUUUUUUAGUGUUACACCAUCCUUUUUUCUUAGUAUUGUUGCUCAUUGGAAAACUGUGAGCAUUUUCCUACCAACGCAAUAAAAUGCUGAAAUAUUUGAUUUCAA